AUGAAAAAAAAUAAUCUAUAUUUGUAGAAUCUAAAUCCUAAAAUAGGAUCAUUAAAUAAAUUCUAAAGAAAAAUGUUAUUCUAAGCAGAAAGAAAGAAUUAUUCUUAAUUUGAGUUGUUAUAUGACUAAAAAAAAAUAAUUAUCAAUUAUUUAAUUAAUUAGAGGAAGUUAAUAAAAGUAGAGCACAUAUAUAAUUAAUAAUCAAAUAAUAUCAAAUAUAAAAUUAAAAAUUUUACAGAAACUAAAAAGUUAAAUAAAAAGAAUCAGUAAUUAUGGGAAAAGACGAAUUUGGACGUAAUAGAAAGUUUACUUAGAGAGGUAAGGAAAAACACUUCGAUGAUGUGUAAGAAAAAGACAUCAUAGACGCCACAAGUAGAUUGGGAAUCUAAGAAGAUAGUGGUGAUGAUGAAAAUAAUCAAAAUGAUUCUAAGAAUGCUAAGGAGGUUAAAAAAACAUAAAAAUAGCAAGAUGAAGACUAAGAAGUUGAAGAAAAUAAUAAAUUCUUUAGUAGAAAGUAAGGUCCUAGAACUUAUGAAAUGCCUUCUUCAAGCAGUGAUGAAGAUGAAGAAGAAAAGCCUAAGGUGUAAGAAAAACCAAAGGUCGUAGAAAAACCUGCUAAAUAAUAGGAAAAACCUAAGAAGCCUGCUAAAAAGGAAGAAUCUGAUUCAGAAGAAGAGAUUCCAACCUAAAAGAAACCAGCUUCUAAGAAGCCAUAAACAGGCAAUUAAAAGGAAGGACCUUCAUCGGGAAUUAGUGCUGCAGAUAAGUAAAAGGCUGAUUUAGCUAGAUUAGCAGAAAUCAGAGCUAGAAGAGAAAGAGCUGCUAAAGAAAAGGAAGAAGCUCAAAAAAUAGAAAGCGCUAAGCAAGCUAGUUUAAACCAAAAGAAAACACAAUUCUGAAAAUAUUGUAUUAAGAAAACAUAUGUUCAAAACAAAUAUAUAAUUCUAUAAUCAAAAAACCUAAACAUUAUCUGGUAUUACUUAUUUGUACAAUAUAUAACUUUCUCCUUGA